AUGUUGCUUCGUCUUCCCACCGAGCUCAUCCAGCUCAUUCUCCGGAGCUGCGAUGCACGAACGUACCUGAACCUCGCGUAUUGCUCGCGCGAUCUUUUUGAGAUGGCCACCACCAGUCGAGAACUGGUGAUGCACCAACUUCAACAGGUCCCUGGUCGCCCCGAUGAUGAGGAGCUGACCCAGCUCUCUACCCCCAAGCUGGCACAGAUCCUCAGAGCUAUCGCACAUGAGCAGCUCUUUGGAGCCGAGCACUUUGCGAAUCGAAAGCUCAUCGGGUUUGGAAACAAACGGCUGAAGCCACAGGCUUGCUGUUUGAAAAUUCCGUCCAUGCACAACACGGCCUUACUGGUCUUUUACGACGAUGAGGCUGUCUACCUGGCGAACGUGACCAAGGGAAACGUUCACAUUACUCGACGGCUGGAGUUCCUUGCCCAACGACACGGCACGAUUGAUGUGCUGUACACUGUCGUCAACGCCAGUGGUGUCUGGGUGUUGCAUCGCUUCAAGCCUUUCGUGGACCACAGUGUGGACACGAUGCACCCUUUUGUCGAGCAGGCGAUCAAGGCUUAUCCUGAGGGCCGUGUCCAUCUGGCUUUCUACCCGCUCAAAGAGGAUUCCAAUACCGUGAGUUUGUACGACUUCCCGGAUGAGAGCGAGUACGAUCCUAUCGCUCUGGCGGCAUACGGAGACGAGAAAUUCGCCAUCUCGUGGCAGCAUCGACAAAGGACGGGGGAUCACCAUGUCAUCCUUUAUUUCUCCGAAGUUUUUGACGGAGAUCAUGAUGAAGACGAGGAUACUGAAAUGACCGAUGACGGCGAUGACGAGGUGGACCAUGGAGAUAUGGAUUGCGGUGUCAGUAGCGUGAGCAGUGUCAGUGGGGAUGGACAACCCCCUCAAUUCCGGCCGGACGACGACAUCGACGAGACAUCGACGGAAAUAUCCGAGACGAGGCCGAACAUCAUUCGUUCUUUUCACCAAGCCUACACUCUCACUUAUGUCGACCCUGGCCAGUCCAGCCACCGGUCUUUGCUCUCCUAUGGACCCAGUACACAACUCACCUUUAAUGACUACGGGACCCAACUCCUCCAGUUUUCCCGGGGAAGCACGUUGUUCAGAUUUUUUCAAAAGGUGCACAACAUCUCGACCACCCUCCAACCGCUGGGCGCCCACGCCAACUCCUGCGUGGCGAUGUAUUCGCCCAACCUCGCCCUGUCCUUUGUCAUCGACAUUCCCUUCUACGCAAUCCACCGGACUGGACCCGAGACUAACAUUCCCGGAACAUGUCACUGGCAAUACCUUGCCGUGGGGAUCGCCACACACCGUGUCGAGCAAUGGACCGUCGCAUGUCUUCUCACGUCAGAGUCCAAUCCACAAGACUGGCACUGCUCUCACGAAAUGAAUGUCCAACGAGGCCGACGCUUCAACGAUUGGGCUGUCGUCGCCCAACUCGGUGGAUUCCGUGAAGCAGACACCACGCAUGGGUCAUUGAUCGUGGCCUCGCCAAAUAGCACGCGCGUGGCCAUGGCUAGUUGGAAGACCAUCACUGUCUGGGCUCUGGAGCCGCGUGUCUUGGUUGACCGGGAGAGCGGCUACUAUCCCGCAUCGUGGACGAAUGCGGCCAGGUUGACGGAAUUGCAACCUGCCUCGAUCGACGUGGAUGCGGUGUGUCUGCAAUUGAAGUUUACCGAGAAUGAGAAUGAGCUCGUCGCAGUGACCGAUCGAGGACUGAUGUUCUUGGAUCUUCGACCAUCUGGGCAGGGCACAUUGAUCGUUGAGCAGCGGGAUGUGUCGAGAGAGAGCUGA